CCUGUAAACGUCGCGACGCCGUCGAGAACGCUCGCGCCGCAUUCCAAUUCACGCGCCGAGCUUAAAACACGCUUCAAUCCACUCGGAAACGCAGUAAAACUCUGUAAAAAAUCUCGUAAAACACUGCAAAACGUCGUGAUUCUCUCGGUGUUUGUAUAAAGUUGUAAAAUUUGCAUUAAACGAGCGUGAAAUGAGUGCGAAAGUUAAACAAACGUGAACUUGGAUUACAGUCAAGACGGAAAUUAAGAAUAAAUUUAAUAAUUUUAUGUUUAAAGAUUGUGGAGUGCCCACUCGAUAAAUAUCAAUAUUUAAUUGAUAAUUAGAAGCGUACAGCAUGAUUGUGGUCGACGAGAGUGAUCCUGUCGGAGAGGUAGCCCUUAGUUUUCCAUACCGUGAUGUCCAAAUCCGUAAAAACAUCGACCCGAAAGACCUCUACGACCUCCAAGAAGAAAUCGGCCGUGGUAAAUUCGGCACAGUAUACAAAUGCAAAGAAAAGACAUCCGGGUUACAACUAGCCGCGAAAUUCGUCGGCGUUCCGAAAAAAGAAGACCGCCGAAAUGUGGAACGCGAAGUGGAAAUUAUGCGCGAAUUGCAACACGCGCGAUUGAUUCAACUUUACGACGCCUUCGAAAACGGCAAAGUAAUGUGCGUCGUCCUCGAAUUAAUCGAAGGCGGUGAGCUAUUCGAACGCGUCAUCGAUGACGACUUUGUGCUUACCGAGAAAAGCUGCACGGCAUUCAUGAGACAAAUCUGCGAAGGCAUCGCUUUCAUCCAUAAACAACGAAUAUUACAUCUGGAUAUGAAGCCUGAGAAUAUUCUCUGCCUGACAAAAACAGGCAAUCGCAUCAAAAUCAUCGAUUUUGGCCUUGCGCGUCGUUUUGAUCCCGAUAAGAAACUGCAGGUGUUGUUUGGCACGCCGGAAUUUGUGGCGCCUGAAGUUGUCAACUUUGAUCAAAUUGGUUAUGGCACCGAUAUGUGGUCAGUGGGCGUCAUAUGCUACGUUCUGUUAUCCGGAUUAUCACCGUUUAUGGGCCACACGGAUUGUGAAACCAUGGCGAAUGUCACAAUAGCGAAAUAUGACUUUGACGAUGAAGCUUUCGAGGAUAUCAGUGAGGGAGCAAAGGAUUUCAUCAAAAAACUACUCCUGAAAGAUAUAAGUGCUCGAAUGACCGCCGAAGAGUGCCUGAAACACGCAUGGCUCAAACGCAAACCGCCACCUUCGCCGCCCCCGGUCGCCAUUGCAUCCACACCCAAUUCAAUGGAGGUAACCAAAGAUAACCUCAAACAAUUCGUGGAGCGUUGGAACGAACAUCCGAAUUCGCCGUAUGUCUUCGAGAUGACGUGUGAUUUACGCCGCAACAGCUCACUGAGAUCAUUAUCAGGACUUUCGCCAUCACCCUGUGGAUCCAUAGCAUCUUCUGACUCUGAUAUGCAAUCAUCACUAAUGGGGGAACAUUUACACUUAAAUUUACCAUUGCCACCUAUGGAUCACUUACGCAGAGCUUCCGAUAGUACAGGAAUCGUUAAAAAUGACGUUUCGGAGAAAGUUAACCUAGCGGAGGAAAUCAGAAAACUGUCGGAUAAAUUAUUUCAGUUAUCUACAUUACCGACAUUACCGAUAGAACCUGUAAAAGUAGAAAAACCCCUGGAUGUGCCACAGAUGAAACUCAUCAAUAACAUAACCUCAAAAAUUGAUCAGGAUACGAGUAAAAUUUAUCAUUCCACGAGUAAAACUCAACCAAUCAGCAUACGUAAAGCAUCGCUGGAUGCACCAUGGCGUACCAGGACUAAAUUUCGCGUCACUGAGUUGAAUCGUGACGUGCCACGCAAUGCGAAUACUUCUCCAGUCAAGUUAAACAGUUCGCCAUCUUUUAAGGAAUCGUUUAACUCGAAAUUGACGCAGUUUGAACGUCAGACUGUAGAUCAGAGCACGUCAAACAGUCCGGAUGGUACUAAAAAUCUGUUAUUGAAGUUAUUGGAGCAUUGGGAUGAUUCGCAGUUGCCUCCGGCAGGUGGCAGGCCCAAAUCACAUUCGAUUACUGAUUGGGGUGAAGGAGAUAGUCUGGGACAAAGAACAAUCAGCUCUUUGAAUACUUUUUUUCAAUCGAGAGCGAGUAACAAGAUAACGACGUUUCAUAAAACUGAAACAAUUCAACAUUCACCAUAAAAAUAUUAAUAUACUUAUUCAACGUAUAUAUUAGUUAGGUUAGGUUAGGUUAUGUUUAUAAACGCGCCCAUAUUGCUUUUGUUUCGCAUUUUUUCUUUUGGUUAAUGAUAAUUUGCUGUAUCUAUGCUAGAAUUGAUGAAUAUUAUGAUGUUUAGUUUA